AUGUUUAGUGAAUAAAUAGUAAGAAUUUAUAUUCAUUUUAUUUAGCUUAUAUUUCCAUCAUCUAUAUUAUUAAGUCUAAAUUAAAAUGAAAUUUAAGAAUAAUUAAUGUCUUCUUUAAAUAUUUUAAGACCAUUACAUUAAAUGUAGUUUAUAUUAUUGUUGAAAGAACAAAUCACAAAUCUUGCAAAUGAUGUAUAUGUUUAAGAAAAAGGUUAAACAUAUGUUGAAAAAGUAAAUUUUUAUAAUUUAUAUUUUAGGCUUUGAAUACUUUAACUUCAUUUAUUGAUUUUGUUAAAUUAGAAUUUGAAUAAAUUAAAUAUGAUGGGCAAUCAUUUAAAUUUAUGACUUAAAAGUUACUUCAUGAAUAUAAUUCAUUAAUUGAAUCUUUUUAAGGUAUGACUUAUACUAAUGAAUGUUUAAAUGUCUUAUCUGUAUCUAUGCCAUAUUUUUGGAAAUAACUUUUAGAUCAUCCUUUAAAUCAUGAACUUGAAAUAUCAGAAUUAUUGAUUAAAAAAGAUGGAUUUAAGUAAAUAGAUUCAAAUUUAUAAAUCUUAUUUGAUUAAUAUUUACAAAGACGUAAAAUUACAUAAGAUUUGAUUAAUGCCUUAUUAAAAAAUUGA